UGAAAGUGCUCAAUAUAAUAAGAAAUCAUGCGCGGUAUUGCUUGAAAGAGUACAAGCAGCUGAAAUAGCCGUUCAAGCAUUAAAUCGGCGUAAACAAGAAAAUGAAAAAAAUUUUCGCAAUCAAUCAUAUUAUUAUUCCUUUGAAAGAUUUGUUGCUAUUCUGAGAGAAAUUAAAGGAUUUAUUCAAGAUGUAACUCAUUUAUCUGGCUAUGAAAAUUUAUUUCAAGUGUUCACAUUAAAGAAAGAUUUCAACAAUUAAUUACAGAUUUUGAUAAUGUUGUAGGGGAUUUACAACUGGCAAUGGUAAUUGCUAAUGAGGAUGAAAGACGGUCGGAUAUCGCUAUGUUACAAGAAGAUAUUGACGAAAUGACCAAAUUUUUAGAAAAAAUUGAAGGUGGCGUGACAACAAUUGAUAAAAAGAUUAGUAAUGUUCUCGAACACAUCUUAACUUUAAAAGGCAAAUCAUCUGAAAGAGAUUUCAACCCUAUUAUCAAUAGAAUUGAUCCAAAUGAGUUAAGAGAACCUGUUGGUGGUAGUCAACCAGUUGUAUCAUCACGUAACAAGCAUAAGAUACAUAAAAAACUUUAUAGAGGACAAGAUGUGGCAUGUAAACUUAUUGCCGAGGAACAAAAUAAACCUGAUAAAUCUGACAAAUCAUCAGAAACAGUUACACCAAUUCCAAGUAGGGUUCAUUCUGAAUUGGCAAUUUUGAGUAAUUUGGGGAAAUGUGAUCACGUUAUUAAUUUUCACGGAUUAUGUGAAAAGGAUGGAAGCGUUUUAGGUGUAUUUGGAUGGGCAGAGAAUGGAAAUUUGAGGGAACUAUAUGAGAAAUUUGAUAUUGAAUGGCCUCGAAAAUUAAAAAUUGCAUUAAACAUUUGUCGUGGGAUUACUUUUCUUCACGCAUGUCAAAUUUUACAUCAUGAUAUUAGAUGUGAAAAUAUAUUGAUAACCGAUAAUCUGAAACCAAAAAUUUCGAAUUUCAAGUAUAGUCGUGCUUUACAAGCAAAUACUACCAACAUUGGGAAUAUUACACAAGUCGUUCGUUGGUUAGCGCCUGAGAAAAUGAUUUCAAAGAAAACACAGACAGCAAUUGCAACCGCUGUUUCAGCAGCACAACAGGCACCGAAGAAAGAUGAAGGUAAGAAAGAUGAUGAUUAUGUUCCAUAUACCAUACAAUGUGAGAUAUUUAGUUUUGGAAUGUUACUUUGGGAAUUAGAUUUUCAAAGAUUUCCAUACAAAGAUAUGGAAAUUUCUGAAAUUCAAAAUCAUGUAUUAAAUGGUAAAAGAGAACAUUUAAAUUUUCCUUUCAGUUCAUAUGGAGUUGAGAAAGAAUAUGGUAACAUUAUUAAAGCUGCCUGGCAUUCGGAUCCAUCUCUUCGUCCAGAAUUAAGUUAUUUAUUCAAUGAUCUCGAAAAUUUGAGUUCACCUUUAAUUUCAGAUCGUUCACCUAGAGGAUUAAAUCCGAAAAGAAAUGGGAGACAGAAAAAAGCUUUUGAAUGUUUUGAAAAACAUGCUGAAAUAAAUAAUAAAGUUGCAAAAUAUUGGCUAGGUUAUUAUUAUUGGGAAGGUUAUGUAGUUGAUAAAAAUUUAGAUAAAGCAGUUGAGUUAUUUAAAGAAGCUGCUGAUAAAGGGGUUCCUGAUGCCCAAUUAAGAUACGCGUUUGCUUUAUCAGAUAAAAAUGGUCCACUUAAAUAUAAUUUAGAAGAAUUUGUAAAAUAUUUAACUAUGGCGGCUGAUAAUGGAAAUACUGCAGCUCAAUUUAACCUGGGUGAUUUAUAUUUCAAUGGAAAAUUGGGUAUUUCAAAGGAUGAAGAGAAAGGUUUAAGUUAUUUAAAAUUGGCAGCUAUUAAGGGUCAACCAAAAGCUCGUGCUAUGUUAGAUAAGUUAAAAAUUAAUUACCUCGUUUAAUGUGAUGUAUUUAGUAAUAAGAUUUUUUUUAAGUUUAUGGAUAAUUUACCCUUUACAAUGAAGAUGUCCACAGUCCACUAUAUUUAAAACUACAAGGCCUGUAAUAAGAUAUUUUUAUGACAUUAUUGGAAAAUUAUUAUAUUAGAAAUAAAAAGGGUUAUUUGAAAUUUAAUUUGAU